CAAGAAAAGAAAGCUACGCAAAACUCCAUUCCACAUGGAAAACCACAGAAUCAUGUUUCGUACACUCAACCUCAUGGCCCACCUUUUGCUGUUAGCCAUUGCCAUCAGAUGUGCCACCUCAGCUCGGGUCCUGGACGAGGACCCGCAACCGGUGGGCUCGGUGGCAGCACCCGAUACCACCAAUCCGGUAGUGCCACCUGUCACUGUUGCCACCUCUCCAGCCGCAGUAGUGGGCCCCACACAACCAACCAAUCCGGUAGUGCCACCUGUCACUGUUGCCACAUCUCCAGCAGCAGUAGUGGGCCCCACACAACCAACCAAUCCGGUAGUUCCACCUGUCACUGUUGCCACAUCUCCAGCAGCAGUAGUGGCCCCCACACAACCAAGUGGAAAUGGGGCCACCACUACUAGUGCCACCGUGGCUGAUGCUGAGCCCCACCACCCUUUGACCUUCUUCAUGCACGACGUUCUUGGCGGGUCCCACCCUUCCACUCGGGUAGUGACCGGGAUUGUUGCCAGCUCAACAGUCAACGGUCAACUCCCCUUCGCCAAAAACAACAACGGCGCUGUACUUCCAAUCAACGGUGGGGUACCGCUACUCAACGGCAACAACGGCGUUAUCAACAACAACAACAACAACGGUCCAUUUCUGACUGGCCUAGGCGGUCAAUCAACGACGACUAUCAACGGCAACAACAUCAACGGUGGCAACAGCCUCCCGUUCGUCGCAGCAGGCCAGCUCCCUGUGGGGUCCACCCUCCAGAAGCUUAUGUUUGGGACCAUAACGGUAAUAGACGAUGAGCUGACAGAAGGACAUGAGCUGGGGUCGGCGGUGAUUGGGAAGGCGCAAGGGUUCUAUGUGGCUAGCUCGGAAGAUGGUAGCAGCCAGACGGUGGCGUUCACGGCCAUGUUCGAAGACGACCAUUAUGCUAACAGCCUUAGCUUCUUUGGGGUCCACCGCACCGUGUCCACCGAAUCACAGGUUGCCAUUAUCGGUGGAACGGGGAAAUAUGCAAAUGCAAAGGGAUAUGCUGCAAUCCAGACCCUUCAUCCGGUGGACCAGCAUACAACUGAUGGUGUGGAGACUCUCCUAGAGUUCACAAUCUAUCUUUCUUACUAGUUGG